GGCAGGAGCCAAGUCAAAGGAGGUGUUUCCUUCUUAUGUGGUGCACCAGAGGUGGCCCGUUGAACAGGGAGGCGGCAGCACCCGACUCCGCGAGCAGCCCGUGAUCCUUGUGCACACAACACCAGUCUCUGCGCUUCAAGCCCAUGAGCAUUGCGGAACUUUCAACUGAAACCUUGACUCAUGUGCUCAGCAAGCUUGAAUACUUCGAAAUAUUAAAAGCCCGAAGGGUGUGCAAUCAGUGGAAGCAAAUUAUUGACAGUUCAUUGCUGUUGCAAUAUUUGACGGAGUUGGGAUGCCAUGGCAAAGUGGAGGGCUGUUCGGCCAAGUUGACCACUGCUGAGAAGCUACAGCGGCUCCUAUUGCACGAGCAUCGAUGGAUUAGCUUAGAACCCCGCAGCGUGUGCGAGAUAGAACCCCCGUCAGACGACAUCUACGAAUUCGCAUGCUCAGUAGUCGGGGCAGGAAGGAGAUGCUCUCCUAUGGACCUAUUUUUUGCGGAGGCAAGUGGUUGGUCGCGCCCCAUCUGGCAUGUGGUAACAACCCCCAGCUUCCUUCAGCCGUCAAUGGCACGCCAUUAAGAACGUGGACGCACCAAGAUUCCUCUUUGUUACUUCGCGAUUUUACAAUGGAUCCGAGUCAGGAUUUACUUGUUCUGCUAACAUACAGCAGCCGCAAUGCCGGCUCGAGAUUUGAAUGGAAUAUUCGUCUUCAUUCGUUAUCUACCAACAAGGCACAUAGCCGGGCAAAAAAUCCAAUAUUUCCCCUGAAACUUGCGAUUAUGCCUGGGGGAUCAUUUUAUAUUCAAGUGUUUGGAGAGACUCUUGCACUCCUAGAGCCAAACUUG